AUGGCAUCUUUUCACUUAGUGCCGAGAGCCGGCGCUGAUUUUCGUGCUACACUUGUGUCGCUGCAACUCAAUUUCGAAUUUGCUGAUGAAAUCCUCGAGGCCCUGGUCAAGGCCAAGCUCAAGAACCUUGAGGAAUUCCGGUACUUCUUCGAGUCGGAAGCCGAGAUAGGGGUCUGGGUUCAGAGACUCAACUUGGGCGAUGUCCAGGGCGUGCAAACCGCACGUUUGAGGCGCACCUGGGCUGCAGUGAAGGUUUUCUUUCAGCAUGCUGACGCAGGGAGGACCAAAGUCGGCGAAUCGGACUUGGACGAUCUCUUGGAUGAUACAAGCCUGCGUGACAUGAAGCAGCAAUUCUGGCGCAGGUAUCGUACCAGAUUCCCCCCCGAGCUCUAUCCUUCGGAUGCAACACUCUCGCGAGUGACGCGAGAAUUAAACAAGCGCCUCCUGUGCGUUUUCUCCGUAUGGAAGGUCAAGAGCUUGCAGUUCCAGCUGGUUACUACCAGCAAGAAGAGACGCUUGGGGGACGGCCUGUUCACGGAGGAGACGGAGCAGGAGGAGUCAGUCCCGCGCGAUUGGGAAAACUACCUCGACCGGGUGGAUCAGGUGGCGGGAGCGCCCCAGGCCAAUCAGGAGCACACGCUUGGAGCGGACUCCACGAUCUUUGUCCAGGAGAGGGCAGUCUGGGUGGCCAAGUUCCGCGAGUCCACCAAGACACUCGGCCAAGUCGUGCGUGAGGUGUUCAAUCUCAGAGACGCGCGCUGGAUCGCCAUCCAAAAGCGGAGGAUGGCAAGCGUCUGUGCGUCGAGUUCCAGCAAGGACGUUGCAACAAAGGAGCCAAGUGCCCUGAUCGGCACAUGUGCGGGAUUGUCCUUCGAGGAUCCGGAAUCGCCGUUGAUGGCAGACAUCUUUUCUGGUCCCAAUGCCCCGCUCACGAAAGCUUUCCUGUUCUGUGGAUGGCGCUGCCUGACGUUGGAUAUUCAACUGGACUCCUCGCAUGAUCUGGCACACCCCCUUGGGCAGCAGAGCCUCAGGGAGCAGCUCAAGGAGGCCGAUUUUGUGUCCGCGGCGUUCGACUGUUCCACCAAAAGCAGAGCGAGGGAGGUGCCGAGGGUGUUCGAUGAUGGGCGCCGGGGCCCAGGUCCCCUCCGCUCUACUCGACAACUCGAGGGACUGGACGGCCUGUCGCCGGCGGAUCAGCGCCGCGUCAAGCGUGACAACAAUGCCUGUGGCUUUAUGCUGCAAGUCAUGCAAGAGGUGGCGGAGAGAGGAGCUGGGGCAAUGCGAGAGAAUCCGGUGAACAGCUUGCGUUGGCUACUUCAGCAAGAGGUGGCAGCUUUCCGCACAGGGCUCUGGGCGGAUACUCAUUAUGAUGCCUGUUGUUGGGGAGGAGCCCGAUGCAAGAGGCAGCGCCUUCGUCACAACAUCCCAGAGAUAUCCUCAUGGCCCCCCCUCCAAUGCCACCAUGUGCAUGCCAGUGACGAGUGGCAACCAUAUCUGCUGAAUGGACGAUACGUGUACCCCACCAAGGAGGAGGCGGAGUGCACUGGCUGUGCCGCGCAUGCCGACGCCCUGUUGCGUGGGGCGGCGUGA